AUGGCUGUCGGCAAGGCCGCGUCUGUGCCUUCCGAAGCCGUGCUCUCCCGAUUCCACAAGAUCGUUCUCGGCUGGGACUACCUUCGCCUCCUCCGAGAAUCCUCCGUCGAACACUCUCAUCCACUUCCCACGUUUUCCUUCCUUCUCAUGGCUCCGACAUAAUGCUUUACCUUACCGAUCUUUUGCUCUCUCCGCUGCAGAGUAAGGCGUCUCGGGAUGCUUCGGCUUCGGUUUUGAAGAGAAUCAAGGGGACUUACUGUGAUGUUGAUGACUACCUGGGGAUUUUUGAGCCCCUGCUUUUUGAAGAGGUGAAAGCUCACAUCGUCCAAGUCAAAGACGAGGAAGGUGAUGACAUGGUUCUCGUUUCCGUUGGUAUGGUCUUUUUUCUUUUCACAGAAUUGAUGCCGAUAGCUAUUUCCAUGCGUGCGCGUGGCAGUGACGGAAUGGCAGAAGGGCGCUAUUGUUUCGUGCGAGGAGGCCAAUGGUUUUCACAUGGUUUCAGUGGCAAUACUUGACGAAUUCCGUGAAGAGGUGUCAGAGAACGACCUCUUGAUUCUUUCCAAGGAAAAGGUGAUAUUUUCCUCUGGUCUAAGAUAUCAAUCAGUAAAGAUGUCUUUGUUUAACUUUCCACUCGAAUUGACAUGUUACUUGUCCAUAUUAUUGUGAUAUUUUUGAAAAAUCGGGUAUUAUGCGGUCAUUUCAUGAAUGGAAGUUAUCUUAUAAUCAGAAUUCAUAAAAACAGCAAUCUUUUUCGUGUGGAAACCACUUAGAUCUGACGAUUCUUACGAUUUCAUUUUUUUUUUCCGCUUUAAAAACUUCGUUGUAGUUCUUAUCGUUACUGCCCAUCGCUUAGCUUCUGUAGUCGUCUCAUGAUAUCAGCUGUUGCGUCUCGUGUUCCAAUUUAUUCAUGCUACCCGGAAAAAGUACUGAUGUUCGCUUCAGACGAUGUGCAGUUCACGUGAACUCAUGCUUUGACAAUUUUCUACAGUUUGAGGAGGGGGCGACACCAAGUACAUAUGCCUUUGCACUGGUGGAACACCGUGGCGGCAGGGAAACUCUGAUGCUGCGAAUGUUUCUGUCUGGGGAGAUUAAGCAGAUUGACAAAUUUGACAUUGAAUCCAGCCCUAGGCUAUCGAAGAUUCUGCCUAUUCUUAAAACGAAAGAGACCUUCAUGUGGAUUCUAAAAGUGAGUUCUAUAUCUGCUACUGAGACCAUGCUGCCUAUCUGCCUCUAUGAUUCACUUAAACUCACGCAUAUGCAUGGCAUACUUCAUUUCUAUUACUGAUGAAAAUUAAAUGUUAGUUUGUAGUCCGUAGGUCGUCUCUUGGGAUCCACUUGUUUACUAUUUUGCUUUUAUCCACCCAUUUGUUUUAGUUAUUUGAUGAAUAGUUCCUUUACCAUUGACCAUGAAGCCAAAGAUUAGAGAUUUGGUGGGAUUGACGUUUAGUUGAUUAUAGUCAAUCACUUUGUAUGCUCAUGGUGAUUGUUCAACUCCGAAAUUGAUCUCUGUGUAUUCUUAAGAGAUGUGUGGCAUAUCUAUCACGAAUAAACAUCUUGUGUUCGCUAUAUAUUAUAACCAUUUCACUGGCCGUGAAUUUACUUGAAGAUUGUGUAGUCUGUCUUACAAUUCUGUGCUUCUUGUUGACUUUUAUUUUAUUUUCAGAUUAGUAGUUUAUCCACCAUAAUGCGAGAAUAUGUUGCUCUCCGCUCUAUCAGCCAUCUCCCUUUCAAGAAUUUGAUAUUAUCAGCAACAGAUAAGUCAAGGGAAGCUAAUUUGCAAGACCAGGUCUGGACUGUUCCAAGGUCACUCAUGGAGUUUCUGGAAAGCAACCAUAAUGAAUCACAAAUGGAAGCCAUUCGUGUAGGUUAUUUUAUUAUUAUCACAAAACUAUUUUUUUGUGGUCAUUAUAGUCUGCUAUUUUCCUGCCUUUCUGUUCUUUCAGGUAUUUUACAUUUUUAUAAACAUACUUAAUGAUUUUUUAUUCUAUCUUCAAGUUUUAACGGUGUAAUCUAUUUCAGGCUGGGCUUUCACGUAAACCGUUCGUCUUGAUACAGGUUUGAUUACUCUUUGCUUUAUGCCUUUUCUUUUGAAACAAGAGUCUUCUCGUAGUCACAGAACCAUGUUGUUGAAUGAAUAGCCUAUUUGCUAUGUAGCUCAUGGAUUUAGGGACUUGUGCGUAUUUCUUUCACUGAUGUUGUGGUACUAACCACCUCUAAAAACGAAUCUCGCUAAUUAUAUCAUCCAAGGCUUUCAUUCAAUCUUUGAUAAGCAGUAAAGACAAACAUUAAUCCUUUAGCAAAGCUCAGAACUUGCAUAAUAUUACUGCUCCAGAAAAAAAAUCGCAUAUUUGUGGUGGUUAAAUUCAGUAAUUCAUGGUUCUUGCCCAAUGGUAAUAUUCUUAAUACGACUGAGGAUUUCUAGUGACUGGCGAUCUUCUACAUCGAAGGUUUUUGGCCGAAGUCUUAGAAACAUAUCACAACUGGAUUAUAGACCAGUGUUAGUGAUUGUCAUUUUUACUCGGUGCAUGGAAAAGACUCAGACUUCUUUCUUGUCCUUUCCUUCUUUGCUUUCUUCUCCUUCCCCUUUUCUCUUUCCUUCUCAUUUUCCAAGAGAGCCUGCUAUUGUUGAGUCAGGGUCUCUUCGAAGGACUCAUAUCUCAUUUCCUUGUCCUUUGCCUUUUUUGUUCUUUUUUGACGAACUCGGAAGAGGAGCCAAUCAUUGAAUCAGGGGAGCAUUGCGGAAAACUUGUCAUCUACGCUUAUGUUACUUGGUGUUGUUAUGUUUCCCUUUUUUGAGCAGCAAAAUAGUCUUUUAUAGUGGGUUACUGAACGGAGACAGUAUUUGAAAUCUACUAACUUCCGGUCUCUGAGAAGAUGGUGCAAUAACAUGCUUUUGUUUCAAUCUAACGAGUUUAUCAAAUAACAUGCUUUUAUAAUGGCAUUUGCCUUAUGAAUACAGUUGAGUUUAUUCAAAAAUUGACCUACACUUUAGAUAGGUUUCAUUUGCUUAUCUUUUGUGCGUGUUGAAUUUUAGGCCAUGUUAAAGGUGCAUUUUUUGGUCGUGUAAUCUCUUUAUGAAUACUUGGAGUGACUUUUGGGCGGAAUAAUAUCUGGGCUGAGAUGGGGAUAUCUGUGGACCUUAUCAAGAAGUUUGGGGAGGGCACUUAUUUUUAUGACUGGAAGUUAAGAAUUAGCAUGUGAGUUCUUGGUCUCUUAAUAUUUUUUUCCUUAUCUAGGGCCCCCCUGGAACUGGGAAAACACAGACCAUUCUUGGGCUGCUGAGUUCUGUUCUUCAUUCAGCUCCUAAAAGAGUACAAUCUAGGUACUUUUGAUUUUUCCAAAAGUAUAUUUUAUGAUUAGGUAAGCUUGCCAAUUCAUGGUUGGUAGGCACCAGAUAGUGUUAUUUAGAUGCUAAUAUUUUGGCGUGCACUGUUUUAAUACAGGGGUGGGUUAUCUGUUCUGAGGCAUAAGGAAGAAAUACCUCUUCAGGACAAGUAUGCUUUGAUUAUAAAUUUUUCUUCUCGACUUGUAAUUGUGGCAUUGAUGUUUACGUAAAUUAUGACUGGGAGUUUAUUAUGGAUCUUGUGACCUUCUUACGCGUGAUCUGCACCAUAUGUUCUGGCAUAGACUGCUGUCGAUUCUUGCCUAAGGCUCGUUAUUAGCUAACAUUUCAGCAACGUCUUUUGUGAUUGGUUAUUUUCAUGAUCUGACUUAUUCAAGUUUGCCAGUUUAUGCUAUGUUUUCAUCUUACCCAAAUGUGAUUUUCAUAUACAUGCGGCAAAAUGCUGCAGAGAAUCUACAACACUUAUUUUUUCGAUUCAUUAUGCCCUUCCCUUGUAAAAAAGAAGUCAAAAUUGAGGACUCUGAGUUAUAGGGCUCAAAAGCUUGUUGAUGAAGUUAUCAAUUUCAAUGGUUGUGCACGAGAAGUAUUAUUUCUUGUUAUUCUUAUCAUACGGUUUAAAUGUUUGCUACAGUUAACAGCCUAGUAUGAUACUUGAUGAAAGCAGCUGUCCAUUGUCAAAUAAGUAUUAAGGAACUGGUCCUGAUUCGUUUCAAUACGCCUAGGGUCAAAAUUGGAUGCUUCCAUACUGAUGAAUAUGUCAUGGUGCUCCUUGAUGCUGAAUAACAAUCCGGUUCAUUGAUUUCACCUCAUUAUUAUUGCUUAGUUUUCCUUUCAUCGACAGUGUUGUGUUGAAACUAUUUUCCUAGAAAGAGGAUAUUGAAGACUAUUACUGGGAUAAAUAUUUGUCACAAAAUCUUAAAAAAAGAAUCACCAACAGCCAUUUUUUUCCUUGCAUGAUUUUAUGGGGUAUAUUGGAGGGAAUGUGAAUAUUGGAUUGGCUGGAGAAAAUGAAUCGACCAGCUCUUUCUACUACAGCUGUAAAGAAUGCGACUGCAAAUGGAUCCAGGUUUUUAUUUUUUCUCAAAAAUAUUUACCAAAAACGGAAAUAAAUCUGGGCUUCGCUGCCAGGAUUCUCUGCUGCGUCUGUAUUAAUGGAUGCCAUUGAUUUGUGUUCUUCAUGCUAUUUUGGGUUGUUAUUCUUUUGAAAAUUUACCUGUAUCUACCGUGGCUUGUAGAUUUCAUCACUGGACAAGAGCAUCACCUUGGUUGAGUGGUGUAAAUCCUAGGGACCUGAUUUUUCCUGUUGAUGGUGAUGAUGGUUUUUUUCCAACAACAGGAAAUGAACUCGUAUGUCCAUGCAUUUUCAUUAUUUUCUAUUCUUUGUGAUUUUACUCUAUGAUCUUAUUCUUCAUUUUAAUUUUCGUGUACAGAAACCUGAAAUUGUCAGUUCCAAUCGGAAAUAUCGCGUCCAUGUUCUUGUUUGUGCUCCUUCGAAUUCUGCCCUUGAUGAGAUUGUGUUGAGGCUUCUACAAACAGGUCAGAGGUUAUUAUACCAUGGACAUACAUUAUGUUUUAUCAUAUGCAAAUUCAAUUAAUCUCAUCAGUUUUGGGUUUAGUUGCCUCAGGGUUUGUCUGAAUCGCCUCUCUUUUUCCCUUGAGAAGUAGACAAGAUUAUUUUCCCGAAAGGAAUUCAUCUCUUGACGUCCAUCAUAUUCGAACCAUGUGGGUAAAAUAAAAUGGUUUAAACCAUCGUAAAAUGGGUUUAUUUCAUUAUAAGUCGGGAAACCUGGAAACAUUUCUUGGCGAAUCUGGAAAAAGGGGGAAUUUUUGAAGUGGAUUUGUUUCCACUGGUGAAGUGAAACACAAUAUUUUUUUCUGACAUGAUUUAGGAACAAACCUGUAUGGCUUCAUUCGUUGAUACCAAACUUUUCUGAUUGGUUGCAUGGUAAUUUUCAAAUCCUAAGCACAAUGUAUUAUAAGUUUCUCUCUAGAGUUUAUGAUGAAAAUGCCAAAAGCCGUGCUAAAUUAUAACAGGUAGACAGAAUGCAUGGAAGAUGUGGAGUGGUGGACCUGCAUCAAAUUUACAUAAAGCUAGGCUGAUGUAAUUUAUCCUGUUUGAAUUCGCUCCAGAUGUUCGUCUAAGGAAAAAAAAAAAGGCAAAAUUUUGAAAGACCGGCGGAUCUCCAUUGUAAACAUUUGCACUGGAUCAUUUGCCUCAGUCAUUAUCCCUGAAACGAAACUUCUUUGUAUCAUUCCUCCUGAAUAAGCUUUCAUAUUUUCCUGGCACCGAAUCCAAAUGAAUAAUGAUGUUGAAAGGGUAGGCCUUCUUGGUACUACCUGUCCUUGAUUUUUUUUCAGUUGUCCGGGUUCCAGAAGUCAUUCAAUCCAGUCCUUUUUGUGCAUCCUCUGUCUUUAAUUAUAAUCUUAUUUAUUGGUUAAGAAAUUAUUAUUCUGCAACUUAGAAAUGGAAACCAAUAUCCAUUUACUGCCCCAGCAUUAAUGUUCAUAUUUUUACGUUAUCCUUUUUUUUUUUCUAAUUGAAUACUAAAUCUGUUAAUAUCAUGUUUAGGUAUUCACGAUGAAAAUGAUCAUGUGUAUAAUCCUAAAAUUGUACGGAUUGGUUUGAAGCCUCAUCAUUCUGUACAAGCUGUUUCCAUGGAUUACCUUGUAAGUGUCCACUAUAAAUUAUGUUGCACGUUCAAUUUCUCCUGCUUUCUGUUUGUCUGAAAAAUGUAUCGUUUUCAGGUGGAACAGAAGCUUUCCUCUGUGAACCGUUCGUUGUCUGGUGACGGCAGGAAUGCCAUCACUGGGCAAAUGGAUCGUGAUCAGAUUCGGGCCUCAAUCCUUGACGAGUCGGCUAUUGUACUGUGCUUUCUUCUGUGUUGGCACAGAUUACUAUUAUCCUUUGAAUUUUUAUUUAUUUUUCUUAACGUCAUUCAAAUUGGCAGGUUUUCUCCACGCUGAGUUUCAGUGGUUCAACUCUUUUUGGUCGAAUGAAUCGUGCCUUUGAUGUUGUGAUAAUAGAUGAAGCUGCUCAGGCAGUAAGUAUUCUCAUUCUUUGAAGAUACUGAGUAUUGAAUGCCUUUAUUCACAAUGUUACAAACGUUUCAUGUUUAAUUAUUCACUCGUGAUUUCUGUGAAGUAGAUUUUAGUGGUGUUUAGUGUUCUGUGUUUUUAUUCAUCUCAGGGAAGCAUUGAAUCUUUUUUUUUUCCCUUCUCUGGGUUUAGGUAAGAGCAUUGGUCGUCUUUGUUGCAGGAUUCUCUCCUUUCACUACCAUUUUUGGAAUUUCCUACCUUUUUUUUUUCAUGACUUCGUGCAUCAGGAUUGAAAAACCCUAAAAUAUAUUCUAAUUCCUAUUCAGACCAAACAGCUUGUUCAUUGUUUUCUUCACUUUCACUCAGCUCCUGAUUUGUGGUUUAUCCCUUUCAUGUGUAACUCAUCAUUUUUUUGAUAUUUCUCAGCCCGGUUUGAACUGUUUUUUUUCCCCUAAUUUCUAGAAAAAUGGAAUGGAUUUCCGAAAACUCUGUUUCCUAUGAUAUUACUCUUCUGGGCGUGUUAGCAAGAUACAGCUGAAUAGGAUCGCUAUGCCAAUUCAAGGUAGGGGUAUGCUUAUGCCAAUUCAGAGUUUCCUCUGAGGGAAGAACAGAACAGCUCAUGCAAAUGUGAAUUGGCCCGGAUGGAAAACUCCUCAGAAGAUCAUGCCUCCCAAUCUCGAUAAGAUCAGAGCUGACUUUUACCGUUUCCUGAUACAUUGACGUUGACUUUUCCCCCCAGGUUGAGCCGGCCACACUGGUUCCAUUAGCUCAUGGAUGCAAGCAAGUAUUCCUUGUACGUUUCUCAUGCUGAUCCUUGUUACACAGUAGAGACCGUGACUACCAACCCUAAUCAGCUGCGAUUCUCAUGACCCUACAACUCUUUAUUGAGUUCAUCGAUCACCACUGAAACUCAUGCUAUUUCCUCAGGUCGGUGAUCCAGUUCAACUGCCUGCUACGGUACUCUCUCCGACAGCAGAGAAGUUUGGGUAAGAUUCCUUGUCAAGCUCAUUGCAUCUGUUGCAAGGCUUGAAUCUCUUGUGUCAGCAACCAUGGACAUUCUUUCUGCAACCUCUAGGUACGGAACAAGCUUGUUCAAGAGAUUCCAGAUGGCUGGCUACCCGGUUCAGAUGCUCAAAACACAGUACCGUAUGCAUCCAGAGGUCCAACAGAGUCAAAGACCCAUCUGGCUGAGCUCUUUUUCUUCGCCUCCCCUUCUCAUGGGCAUCGAUCAAUUAACGGAAAGAUCGAUCUUUUUCCUCAGAUUAGAAGCUUUCCAUCAAAGGAAUUCUACGCUGACUCUCUGGAGGACGGGGAGCUGGUGGAGAGACAGACGAAACGCUCCUGGCAUGGCUACCGCUGCUUUGGGCCCUUUUCCUUCUUGGACGUUGCCGGGGUCGAGUCGCAGCCGUCAGGGAGUGGCUCGUGGGUGAAUGAAGAUGAGGUUGACUUCAUUCUCCUCUUAUAUCACAAGCUGGUCAACGAGUACCCGGAGCUGCAGUCCAGCUCCCAGCUAGCCGUCAUAUCCCCGUACAGGCACCAGGUGAAGCUUCUGCAGGAUCGAUUCAGAGUCGCCUUUGGGAAGCUGGCGCAUCAAUUUGUUGAUAUAAAUACCGUCGAUGGUUUCCAGGUGAGAAAUAAGAGAGGUCGGGCUCAGAAACCAUGGGAUAAUAUGAAUCACCCUCGAGAUAUUUCAAUAUUUUUGGUUUUUUUUUUUUUUUUUUUUUUACAGGGGCGAGAGAAAGAUGUCGUCAUCUUUUCAUGCGUGAGGUCAAACAGCGGAAAAGGCAUCGGAUUUGUGUCGGAUUUCCGGCGGAUGAACGUCGGGAUCACCCGGGCGAGAUCUUCUGUUCUGGUGAGAAUUGAUAUAAUUCCCGGCUCGUUCUUAGUUGGGAGAAUUAUCAUCAUCAGCAGCAAUGUUCGUGCAGGUGGUGGGAUCCGGGUCAACGCUGGUGCAAGAUGAGCACUGGAGCAACCUGGUCAACAGUGCGAAAAACAGGGACUGUUACUUCAAGGUAGCUUUUAUGACCCACCCGCAAUGGACCCACAGGAUUUGGGCCAGAACUCCAUGAAGCAAGAGAGAUUUUAGAGAGAGAAAGGAAGGGGGUAAGGGGUUUUCUAGGGCGUUAGUAACCCUUUGCUUGCGAAUUCCAGGUUUCAAAGCCGUACGUAUCGUUCUUCAGCGAGGAAAACAUGGAGUCGCUGAGGAAGAAGAGCCCUGCAGAGAUGCACGUGGACAGAAUGGAGCAGGGGCUUGCUGCCGUGGAGGGAGCGGCGGCGGUGAUGGAGGUUGUUGACUCUGUCAACGAGGGCGAUCAUGAGGCCCAACUCCUGGACGUCGAGAUGGACGGUGAUGAUGGGGGCUACGAUGAGUAG